CGCGGCAGCCAAUGGGAGGCUCCGGCUGCAAGGGGUGGACGGAGCUGGGACCCCGGUCAGGCCCUGUUGGCCCGCGCCUUACCGGGAUCGUCGCCGCCCGGGCGGGACACCAUGUCACAGGAAGAGUGAGCUCUGGCCCAUUUUACCAUGGAGGACUUGGGGAAGACUUUUGGAUCAGAGGAGGAAGAAGCCAACUAUUGGAGAGACCUGGCCAUGACCUACAAGCAGAGGGCAGAGAAUACACAGGAAGAACUCCGAGAAUUCCAGGAAGGAAGUCGGGAAUAUGAAGCUGAAUUGGAGACUCAGCUGCAGCAAAUUGAAACCAGGAACCGGGACCUCCUGUCAGAGAAUAACCGCCUUCGAAUGGAGUUGGAGACUGUGAAGGAGAAGUUUGAAAUGCAGCAUUCAGAAGGCUACCGGCAGAUCUCAGCCUUGGAAGAUGAUCUGGCUCAGACAAAAGCCAUUAAAGAUCAACUGCAGAAAUACAUCCGUGAAUUGGAACAAGCCAAUGAUGACCUGGAGAGAGCCAAACGAGCCACAAUCAUGUCCCUGGAAGACUUUGAGCAACGCUUGAAUCAAGCAAUCGAAAGAAAUGCCUUCCUGGAGAGUGAGCUGGAUGAGAAGGAAAAUCUUCUAGAAUCUGUGCAGAGGUUGAAGGAUGAAGCAAGAGAUCUUCGGCAGGAAUUGGCUGUGCAGCAGAAGCAAGACAAGCCCCGAACACCUAUGCCAGCCUCCGUGGAAACUGAAAGGACAGACAUGGCUGUGCAGGCCACAGGCUCUGUUCCAUCCACUCCCACAGCUCACCGAGGACCCAGCUCUGGUUUGAACACACCCGGAUUAUUCAGACGUGGUCUGGACAGCUCUAAUAGUGGAACACCGCUCACACCUGCAGCCCGGAUAUCAGCCUUAAACAUUGUUGGGGAUCUGCUUCGGAAAGUUGGGGCCCUGGAGUCCAAACUAGCAUCAUGCAGGAACUUCGUGUAUGAUCAGUCCCCAAGCCGGACAAGUGGGCCAGCCUCAAGUCGAGGAACCAAAAAUAGAGAUGGUGGUGACAGACGACCAGGCAGCACCAGUGUGGGAGAUAAGGGGUCAGGAAAACGCUUGGAGUUUGGGAAGACAGCCUCACAGCUUUCAUCACCAGCGCUGCCAUCCGCCCAGGGUGUGGUCAAGCUUUUGCUUUAGGACCGAUGGGAACUGCGCACUCACCUCUCUUACCCCUUUUGUAUUCAGCUUUUGGUUGUUUUAUUUUCAAGUUAGUUUGAGGAGUAAGAGCCAACGUCACCACCCCUCACUUGGUGCUGUGCAGCCCAAGCUGACGAAGGCUGUUGGCCCAGUUCCUGGCAGUGUGUAUCAUAGAAAUGAGCUGGUUGUCACCACACCCCCAUCCCCAGGCUGCUGAUGGGGGCUACCUAGAGUUUUAAUGGUCUUCAGAGGUGUUUUGAAUAUGCAUGAUCUUCAGGGGGAACUAGAACCCAGCUCAGAAGCUCUCCUCUGCAGCCUAUUUCUGGUGGAGCUGUCAGUGCUUUUUACAGCCUGGUUAAAUUGGUCUAGGACUGGGAGAAUACAAAGGCAUAAG